CUGCUUGUCAUUGUAGUCCGGCGAAGCAUUUUUCAACAGAAACAGUAUCUUCUGUAAAAAGUAAAUUUACGUAGUAUUUCUUUCAAAUUGUGUUUUAUAAACGACAUAUCUAGUAAAUAUGGCUCGACGUUAUGAUACGCGCACGACUAUCUUCUCGCCGGAAGGUCGACUUUACCAAGUCGAAUAUGCAAUGGAAGCCAUCAGCCAUGCCGGCACAUCUCUCGGUAUUCUCGCUACAGAUGGUAUUUUACUUGCUGCUGAACGUAGAAACACCAACAAACUUCUUGAUGAAGUGUUCUUUUCUGAGAAAAUCUACAAGUUAAACGAUGAUAUGGUCUGCUCAGUGGCAGGAAUAACUUCUGAUGCUAAUGUGUUGACCAAUGAGUUAAGGUUGAUCGCUCAGAGAUAUAUGCUGCAGUAUGGAGAGUCUAUUCCUUGCGAGCAGUUAGUGUCGUGGCUUUGUGAUGUGAAGCAGGCUUAUACCCAGUAUGGAGGUAAGAGACCAUUUGGAGUAUCAAUUCUGUACAUGGGCUGGGAUAAACACUAUGGGUACCAGCUAUACCAAUCAGACCCCAGUGGUAACUAUGGAGGAUGGAAGGCCACUUGCAUUGGGAAUAAUAGCGCUGCUGCUGUUUCAAGUUUGAAGCAAGAAUACAAAGAGAACGAGACUACACUAGAAGAAGCCAAGGCUUUGGCUGUCAAGGUCCUUGCUAAGACUUUAGACAUGACCAAGCUUACUCCCGAGAAAGUGGAAAUGGCGACACUAACUCGUAAGGACAAUAAGACAUUUAUCCGAGUGCUAUCCAGUGCCGAUGUAGAAGCCCUAAUAUCCGAUUUUGAGGCCACCGAGGCCGCAGCCGAAGCCGCCAAGAAACAGCCUCCCAAGUCGUAAUUUAUUUUAUAAUUUGCAUAAGUAUUCUUUUAUUUGAGCAUUAAAUGUUUUACAUGGUACGGUGAAUGUGUGUUAAUUUAUUUUCGUUAAUAACAUUGACCAAUAAUUCAAAAGGAAUGCUAAUCUCCAUUCCAAU